AUGUCAAAGAAGAUUAAAAAAAUCUCAAUUUUCAAAAGCAAAAAUCAUUUUCACUUUACUCCUCAACCUGGCUACUGUUUCUUUUGUCUAGCGAAAAUAAAGCAAGGCCCUUUUUGUAAUAGCCAUUGUGAGGGGUUCGUUGCUAAUCGCCACUCUCAUCGCCAAGUAAGACAGGAACUUUGGCAAGUAAGAGGAGCAAGUAAUUAUCAGGAAGAG